AUGGUGAAUGCAGCAGAAGAAGCGAACAUGCAGAUCGUUGAAGGAGAAGAAAUCAAUGAGGAAGAAGGUGUGAUUGAAGCGAAUAACAACUUGGCUGUGAUGAAUCAUCACCAAGCAAGGAUUAGGAAGAAGCAUUUGACUGAGGAUGAGCUAAUCGAGAGAAACCAACACGUCAAAAUGGUGAAUAAUCUCAGGAUUACAAAAAACAACAUUGAAAGGAAACACCUAUUGUCAACUUAUCUCAAGAACAAGAAGUGGAUUGAGAGAUUGACAAUCUCAAUCGAACUAAACACAAAUAAGAAAAACAAAUCCAGAUUCAAAUCCUUUAAUGUACGCAAGUGGGAGAGGGAGAGGAAGGCUUCUAAGCGUAUUGUCCAAAACAUAGAAGGUAACAAUAUCCCCAAGAAGAAGCAGACAUGUAUCCAAGAAGCAGACAUGUAA